GCACAGCCCGCCGCCUUCGGCACCUGCUCUGUCUGUGGUCCGGCGCCAGCUCCUGAAAUUGAGCCCGGGGAAGUGAAGCAACAGCCGCAGCGCCGAACCCGGCGAGCCGAGUCCCCGGCGAUGUCUGCAGCCCCACGCGGCGGCCCCGUGAGCGCGCGCGGCCGGUUGCUCGGCCUGCUCCUGCUGCUGCUGUGCCCGGCGCAGGUGCUUCCCCAGUCCUGUGUUUGGUAUGGAGAGUGUGGCAUUGCCUCCGGAGAUAAGAGAUACAACUGCCAAUAUUCUGGCCCGCCAAAACCAUUGCCCAAGGAUGGCUACGACUUAAUACAGGAACUCUGUCCAGGAUUUUUCUUUGACAAUGUCAGCCUCUGUUGUGAUGUGCAGCAGCUUCAAACACUGAAAGACAACCUGCAGCUGCCGCUACAGUUUCUGUCCAGAUGUCCGUCCUGUUUCUAUAACCUAAUGAACCUGUUUUGUGAGCUGACAUGCAGCCCUCGCCAGAGUCAGUUUCUGAAUGUUACAGCCACUGAAGCGUAUGUAGAUCCUGCCACGAACCAGACAAAAACAAACGUAAAGGAAUUACAGUACUACAUUGGACAGAGGUUCGCCGAUGCCAUGUACAACGCCUGCCGGGACGUAGAGGCCCCCUCCAGUAAUGACAAGGCCCUGGGCCUGCUGUGUGGGAAGGACGCCAACGCCUGCAAUGCUACCAACUGGAUCGAGUACAUGUUCGACAAGAACAACGGACAGGCACCCUUUACCAUCACCCCCAUCUUCUCAGAUCUCCCAGUCCGUGGGAUGGAGCCCAUGAAUAAUGCCACCAAAGGCUGCAACGAGGCUGUAGAUGAGGUCACGGGGCCCUGCAGCUGCCAGGACUGCUCCGUCGUUUGUGGUCCUAAGCCCCAGCCCCCGCCACCUCCCAUACCCUGGAGAAUCUUUGGCUUGGACGCCAUGUAUGUCAUCAUGUGGAUCACCUACAUGGCAUUUCUGUUUAUGUUUUUUGGAACGUUUUUUGCAGUGUGGUGCUACAGAAAGCGGUACUUUGUUUCUGAGUACACUCCCAUUGAUAGCAACAUAGCUUUCUCUGUUAACACCAGCGACAAAGGGGAGGCGUCCUGCUGCGACCUGCUAGGGGCAGCAUUUGAGGGCUGUCUGAGGAGACUCUUCACUCGCUGGGGAUCCUUCUGUGUCCGAAACCCCGGCUGCGUCAUCUUCUUCUCACUCGGCUUCAUCGCCGCGUGUUCUUCAGGCCUGGUGUAUGUCCGGGUCACCACCAACCCCAUUGACCUGUGGUCAGCGCCCAGCAGCCAGGCCCGCCAGGACAAAGAGUUCUUUGACGCGCACUUUGGGCCUUUCUUCCGGACCGAGCAGCUCAUCAUCCGAGCCCCCCACACCAACAAGCACACCUACCAGCCGUACCCCUCGGGCGCCGACGUGCCCUUUGGACCACCGCUCGACAAACAGAUUUUGCACCAGGUUCUUGACUUGCAGACAGCCAUUGAAGACAUUACUGCAUCCUACAACAACGAGACUGUGACACUUCAGGACAUCUGCUUGGCCCCUCUCUCACCAUAUAACAAGAACUGCACCAUCCUGAGCGUGUUAAACUACUUCCAGAACAGCCAUUCCAUGCUGGACCACGAGCAAGGGGACGACUUCUUUGUGUACGCCGAUUACCACACGCACUUUCUCUACUGUGUCCGGGUUCCUGCCUCUCUGAAUGAUACAAGUUUGCUCCAUGAUCCUUGUCUGGGCACAUUUGGUGGCCCAGUGUUCCCGUGGCUUGUGUUAGGAGGCUAUGAUGAUCAAAACUACAACAAUGCCACCGCCCUCGUGAUUACCUUCCCUGUCAGUAAUUACUAUAAUGAUACAGAGAAGCUCCAGAGGGCCAAGGCCUGGGAAAAAGAGUUUAUUAAUUUUGUGAAAAACUACGAGAAUCCAAACCUGACCAUCUCUUUCACUGCCGAGCGCAGUAUUGAAGAUGAACUAGAUCGCGAAAGUAACAGCGACGUCUUCACCGUCGUCAUUAGCUAUGCCGUCAUGUUUCUGUAUAUUUCCCUGGCCUUGGGGCACAUCAAAAGCUGCCGCAGGUUUCUGGUGGAUUCGAAAGUCUCCCUGGGCAUCGCGGGCAUCCUGAUUGUGCUGAGCUCGGUGGCCUGCUCCUUGGGCAUCUUCAGCUACAUUGGGAUCCCCUUGACCCUCAUCGUGAUCGAAGUCAUCCCAUUCCUGGUGCUGGCUGUCGGGGUGGACAACAUCUUCAUUCUGGUGCAGACUUACCAGAGAGAUGAACGUCUUCAAGGGGAAACCCUGGACCAGCAGCUGGGCCGGGUCCUGGGAGAAGUAGCUCCUAGCAUCUUCCUGUCCUCCUUUGCCGAGACGGUAGCAUUUUUCUUAGGAGGCCUGUCGGUGAUGCCGGCCGUCCACACCUUCUCCCUGUUUGCGGGGAUGGCGGUCUUCAUUGACUUCCUCCUCCAGAUCACCUGCUUUGUGAGUCUUUUGGGAUUAGACAUUAAGCGUCAAGAGAAAAACCAGCUGGACGUCCUGUGCUGCUUCAGGGGUGCAGAGGCUGGGACGAGCAUUCAGGCCUCCGAGAGCUACUUGUUUCGCUUCUUCAAAAACUCCUAUUCUCCACUUCUGCUCAAGGACUGGAUGCGGCCCAUUGUGAUAGCGGUAUUUGUGGGCGUUCUCUCGUUCAGCAUCGCAGUCCUGAACAAGGUGGAAAUUGGAUUGGAUCAGUCUCUCUCAAUGCCUGACGACUCCUACGUGGUGGAUUAUUUCAAGUCCCUCGGGCAGUACCUGCAUGCGGGGCCGCCCGUGUACUUUGUCCUGGAGGAAGGGCACAACUACACCUCCCUGCAGGGGCAGAACAUGGUGUGCGGCGGCCUGGGCUGCGACAACGACUCCUUGGUGCAGCAGAUAUUCAACGCGGCCCAGCUGGACAACUACACCCGCAUCGGCUUCGCGCCCUCCUCCUGGAUCGACGAUUACUUCGAUUGGGUGAAGCCGCAGUCGUCUUGCUGCCGGGUCUCCAACGUCACGGAGCAGUUCUGCAACGCCUCAGUGGUGGACCCUGCCUGCGUCCGCUGCAGGCCGCUCACCCCAGAGGGCAAGCAGAGGCCUCAGGGGGAGGACUUCAUGAGAUUCCUGCCCAUGUUCCUGUCUGACAACCCCAACCCCAAGUGUGGCAAAGGGGGACAUGCUGCUUACGGCACCGCAGUCAACAUCCUGGGCAACGGCACCGAGGUCGGGGCCACGUACUUCAUGACCUACCACACCGUGCUGCAGACCUCGGCCGACUUCAUCGACGCCAUGAAGAAAGCCCAGCUGAUAGCCGGGAACGCCACCGCCACCAUGGGCCUGAAGGGCAGCCGUUGCCGGGUGUUCCCGUACAGUGUGUUCUACGUCUUCUAUGAACAGUACCUCACCAUUCUGGACGAUGCCGUCUUUAACCUCGGCGUGUCCCUGGGAGCGGUGUUCGUGGUGGCCGUGGUGCUCCUGGGCUGUGAGCUCUGGUCUGCAGUCAUCAUGUGUGUCACCAUCACCAUGAUCUUGGUCAACAUGUUUGGGGUCAUGUGGCUGUGGGGCAUCAGCCUGAACGCGGUGUCCUUGGUCAACCUGGUGAUGAGCUGUGGCAUCUCCGUGGAGUUCUGCAGCCACAUAACCAGAGCGUUCACAGUGAGUGGCAAAGGAAGCCGAGUGGCCCGCGCGGAGGAGGCGCUCGCUCACAUGGGCAGCUCUGUAUUCAGUGGAAUCACACUUACAAAAUUUGGAGGGAUUGUGGUGUUGGCUUUUGCCAAAUCUCAGAUUUUCCAGAUCUUUUACUUCAGGAUGUAUUUGGCCAUGGUCCUGCUGGGCGCCACGCACGGGUUGAUAUUCCUCCCGGUCUUGCUCAGUUACAUAGGCCCUUCAACAAAUAAAGCCAAAAGUUGUGCCACUCAAGAGCGAUACAAAGGUACUGAGCGAGAGCGACUCCUAAAUUUCUAGGCCUCUGCCAGGGCCUGGUGACUGUGAACUGUGUCUAAGGGUCGGUCACUUUGCCAGGUUCCCCCCUGGACAAAGCUGCGCUGCCAAGGCCGAGCUGAACCCGGGAUGUUCCCCAACACCAGGCCGCCGAGCAGCAGCAGCGGUGGCUGUAGAGGUUUAAACUCAGGAACGCACGGCUGGCUAGUGAAGCAGUGUUACGCAAUCUGAAGGAAGGCAACCACCGGACACGGACGCCUCGCCCAGCGCCGCCCGGCAGCAAGCGGAGGGGACGCUGGAUGGCUGUAAGCAUGACCUGCUCGCUGUCACUGCGGAAGGCCAGGCGGUGCGCUGUCGCUCCUGUUUUUAGGAGUAAGCCAUCACCCAAGUUCUAGACCAUAUUUUUAGUAGCAUUUGAGAAUGUUGUAGAUACACUUUACUGUAACAUUUUGUAGUUUAAAGAGCUUUAUUA